AUGCAGGAAGAAGAGACGCUCGACAGCUCCGAUCAUCUCUGCUCACCUGCCUAUGGACUGAGGCUGCAGGGCAAAGUCGUCCAGCGGGUCCCAGGGGAAUGGACCAGCCGCCAGCGAAGCGGAGACGCCUCGGUGCCGGUGCCGGUGAAGGAGCAGUUCUUCCGGGUCCCGGAUGUGAUCCGGAAUCGGAUUGUGUUCUGGUCAUUCCCGCGCAGCGAGAGGGAGAUUCUGCUCUACUCCUCUCUGGGCGAUGAGGCAGGGGGCUCCUUCCAGAGAGGGGUGCAGCUCUUGGAGACCCCUGGAGCCGUGCAGGACAUCCUGCAAGUCGGAUUCCUGCUCAGCGCCAGCGUGAGGGAGUGCCCUGCGUGUCUGUCCUCGGACCCGAAUCUCCGGCCCCCCGCGUGUGCGUGCGCGGGCGCGCGGGUCCUCCGCGUGUCGCUGGCGUUCGCCCAGCGCAGGGUCACUGCCGUGUCCUGCUCCUGCGGGGGGGAUGCGUACUGUGCCCAUGUGGUCGCUCUCCUGCUGUUCCGGCUGCGAGGGGGCGGGAGGGGGGUGCGUGGGCGGCCCCCCAUCUCUGACACGCUGGCUCGCCUGAGCCGAGCCCAGCUUCAGAAACUGGCCCAGCACCUCAUCGCCCAGAACCCCCCCUCGCUGGUGCCCGCGGCCCAGGAGCUGGCGGAGCAGCUGCAGGAAGAGGGGCGCCCUGGAGCGCCGGACCCCACAGCCGGACUGGGCCCAAAGGGAGACGGGCGCUGGGCUCUGCAGGAGGACCAGCUGAGACAGAGGCUCAGAAGAGUCGUCAAGGCCUCGGUCAGCAGCAGAGGACUGCAAUCCAGCUGCGCACACAUCUCGGCGCUGAUUCGCACGGUGCGGGAGAUGCUCAGGUGCCGGGACAGUAACGGACCGCGGGUUCUGGCUGUGCUGACAGGAGAGCUGGUUCUGGGGUGCUGGGGCAGCUCGGGGGCGCUGAGCCCCUUCGUGACAGAACUGUGGGAGCAGCUGGCCUCUCUGUGGGUCAGCGUGGUGCUCAGUCCCUGGACCGGGCCGGACCAGCGUGCUCACUGGCUGGGCCUGCUGCAGAACUGGAACCAAGAUCAGGCCACCCCGCUGGAGGAGGGGAACCAUAUAGCUGACGCACGGGGCUCCCAGGUCACAGCCCGGCGCUCAGUGCUGUGGCCGGCCCUACAGUGUGGGGGGCUCCAGUGGACGGCCCCCGAGCUCCAGAGAGUCCUGCGGGGUGACCAGGGGGCGCAGGGGGCACCGGCGUGGGCGGGAGAGCCCCUGCCCCUGGUGUGUGCGCGCAUCAGCGCCCUGCGACGUCAUGGAUACGGGGAGGAGGCUCUGCGGCUGGGGCUGGCCGUCGUCAGCGCGCUGAGACUGGAGAGGCGCAGGGUGUCCGAAGGGCUCCGACCGGCCAGAGAAGGAUCUCCACAGGACCUUGUGACCCAGGCAGCCAAUCCUGAAGGGUGGGUGGGGCAUCCACUGGAUCCCAUUGGCUGCUUGUUUGACACCUUCCUGGAGGCGUGUCACGCGAAUGAGGAUGGCCACGCCCCUUGUCCUGGCACUGUGCCCGCGGCAGGCGGGUUGCGCGACUCGGGCGAGUGCAGUGUGUGCGUGGCAGUGGAGGUGGCACUGUGGGGGCUCGGCCAGCAGAGGGCGCUGCCCGUGGGGCGGGGGUCCCAGGACCGGGCUGUGAGAUGUGAGGAGAGGCUGAUCUCCCGGCUCGUCCAGAUUCCUCUCACUGACCCAGUCAUCGCCACCCUGCGGAGAGAGAGUGCCGCCCUGCUGGAGGGGGGGGUGCUCAGUGCACUAGGGGAGGUGGUACCCCAGGAUACAGUGCCCAUGCACUCUCUAGCACGAUACCUGCUGGGUGCCCUGGUGCCCCAUGACCCCGAGCUGGCUUUCCGGGUGGCACUAAGGGCCAUGAGGUGGGACGCCUGUGCUGGAGUCUGGGUGUUGAUGCCAGAGUGUGUCUGUGUGUUGGGCGGGACGCCUGUGCUGGAGUCUGGGUGUUGA